UCAAGCUUGUAGAAGACUUGUCCCAAUAUAACAUGUGGGAAAACAUGAAAUCAAGAGGACCAGGGAGAGUUCACACAAAGGAGACGACUCUCCGGGAACUCGAGGGAUGAUAGAGCAGUUCUGCUUUCAACUAGGAGAGAAGAAGUUGAUGCCGAACAUGAGUCUUCUUCUUCUUCCUUGAUGUUUUUAGCUAGGGAAGUGGAUCAUAGAAGGACAUGGAGGCACCCUGGAACGACUGGUUUGCACAAAGUGGAAUCGAUGAGUCUAACCUUCUCCACCGGUGGGAAAUAACAUCAACCCAUGAAGACACACCACCGGUUGCACCGGCGCCCGGGAGAGGCUUCCGGCAGUCCCUCUCUUCCGAGAGCCAAACCUCUCGUCCGGUUCCGGCAGGCCUCGUUGCGGGAUCAAGACUGACUACUCGAGGGAUCAUCAGCUGGAAUUUCCUGGCCAACGAAGACAUGGAUCCCGAUGCCUCAUUCCCAGCACCUCUUCUACAUGUUCCCGGGGUAUCUACGAAGCCAAAGGAAGAGAUGAGGGUUCCGGCUUCUGGUGGCAAGCAUGAAGCUGUUCUUCACCGGGGAGCGACGACUGUCAACGCUCAAGCUCAAGAGCACAUCAUCGCCGAGAGAAACCGGCGGGAGAAGCUCAACCAGAAGUUCAUUGCACUUUCGGCGAUAAUCCCUGGGCUUAAAAAGGCGGACAAGGCUUCUGUUCUUGGAGAUGCAGUGCGAUACGUGAAAGAACUGGAGGCAAGGGUGAAGACCCUGGAAGACCAGAACGUGAAGAGGACUGUGGAAUCCGUGGUCCUCGUCAAGAAGUCCCAGCCCUCUGCUGCUGAUGCUGAUGCUGAUGAUGAUGGUUCCUCCUCCGAUGAGAACUUUGAUGCACAACCAUCACAGAAGCCUUUUCCUGAGAUCGAAGCCAAGGUUUCCGGGAAGACGGUGCUGAUGAGAAUUCACUGCGAGAACCGCAAAGGGGUUAUCGUGAAGAUCCUAUCCGAGAUCGAGAGCAUCAAUCUCACCAUAAUCAAUACCAAUGUCAUGCCAUUUCUUGGCUCCUCUAUCAACGUAACAGUGAUAGCACAGAUAGAAGAGGAAUUCUCAAUGACGGUGAAGGAUCUUGUGAGGAAGCUGGGAUCUGCUUUGAGCUAGCUUGUUCAUGCGUGAAGAAACUAAUGGGCUUAUUAUAUAGACAAUAUUGUAUCUCAGCAGUUUGUAAUGAUGCUCUCCCUUUACACUAUCCCUAUCCAUGGGUGGCUUUGUAUAUAUAUAUAUAUAUAUAUAUAUAACAUGAAGAGCUUUAGGCCAUCCCUCAUCCUUUCUCCCAUUUAGCAAAAGAUGACUUUUGUAAGAUUCUUCCACGAGAACUUUGCUGUCUCU